UCCGUUUUCGACUACCCGUUUUCGAUACGGUUCCCACAGUGUUAUGGGGCGGCUUCUACCACCCGCUUAAAACCUAUCAUCAGACUGUAUAUAUCCUUCGAAACGAGAGAGGAGAAAAAAGGGCUCCAUGGCGAUCUCUCUCUCCUCCCUCACCUCCUCCUUCUCCUCUCUUUCCUUCUCCUCCCAAAUCUCCUCGAAGCCGCGAACCCUCUCCCUCCCACGGAUUCGGUCGCCCCCCAAUGCCGCGCCCCUCCGGCGGAACCGUCCCUCCGCGAUCGUCGCCUCCUCCUCUUCCACCGCAGUCGCCUCCGUGGCCGGCGGCACGUUCGCCCCCACGACGGCGGGCCUGGAAGGGAUGAGCUUGGAGAAGUACGUGAAAUCGAGGCUUCCAGGCGGGUUCGCUGCCCAGAAGAUCAUCGGGACCGGCCGGAGGAAAUGCGCUAUAGCUCGCGUUGUACUCCAAGAAGGGACCGGAAAGGUCAUCAUCAACUACCGGGACGCCAAGGAAUAUCUCCAAGGAAAUCCUUUGUGGCUGCAAUAUAUCAGAACUCCCUUAGUGACUUUAGGGUAUGACAGUGGCUACGAUGUUUUUGUUAAAGCUCAUGGCGGUGGGCUCUCAGGUCAGGCACAGGCGAUUUCUCUUGGUAUUGCACGUGCUUUGCUUAAGGUCAGUGAGAACCAUAGGGCUCCUUUGAGGAAAGAAGGUCUUCUGACAAGAGAUUCUCGAGUUGUAGAAAGGAAGAAAGUUGGUCUCAAGAAGGCACGGAAAGCCCCUCAAUACUCAAAGCGUUAAAAGAUAGUGUGAUCGGUUGAUCUUUUCUUGAACGACCAUGGCCAGCUUUUCUCCUGUUCUACCUUUAUUUUGUCAGUUCCUAGAAACUGAUAAAAUAUGGGUAGAGAGAGUGAGAUGGUUGUGCAAAAUUUGACAAGAAGAUCCAGUUUUGGUUUCACCUUAUUUCUGUUCCACAUUCUAUGAGGUGACCAAUUUGUCCAGUUUCACCUCUGCAAUCUAUGAGGCCACCAAUCUGCCUACUUAUACCCUGUUUCUUUUCUGCAUUCCAUGAGGGUGCCAAUCUGUUUUCAUUUAGAAAAGUCAGAACUUGCUGUUAACAAAUGUUCCGCUACCUUUGUCUCAAAUGUUUGGGACUGUUACUUUCCCAUAUGGUAAAUGCAUAGUUGUAUUGAGAAAGGGGAAUAGCUGUUUGGUGUAUUUGCUCUAGUGGUUGCACUGACCGGUUAUAGUUCUUUUCUGUGA